GUACCUCUGUUGCGUUAGAUGCCCUUUUUCACAGACACAUACCCUAAGUUUGAUUUAUCUGUUCCUCCCCUCCCAUUUACGAACACGGAAGAAUCACCAACAUCUCGUAGGCGCUGAUUUAGUUGAAUCAAUUUAGUGAAUAAAUCAAGCGGAUGGGUUACAACCAGGUCAGCAUGGCAGACAAGAAGACUGACCAAGUGCCGCCUCUUGUGCUUGUAAAUAGGAUGUCGGAAGAAGCUGUUUUCCCGUCUGGAUUUAUUCUUUCAACUGCAAAGCCGAUCUCUGUACCAUAUCGGCAAAAAACAAAGGUUCCCACCGACUUGAGGUUCACUGUACCGUUUGGAGUAUCUUUUCAGAUCGUUCCUAUACCCGAUCUAGCCCAGAAAUCCAUUUCAGUUUCGGAAGGGUAUAUUGGUCCCUGCACAGAUGCUCCUGUUACCGUUACUAUGCACAAUUACUCGGGUUCACAUAUUGAACUUAAAGCAGGAGAUCAAAUAGCACAGCUGAAAAUUUCCGACAUAAUUGCACCAGAAUUCGUUGAUGUCACCCCUCGGAUUGAUUAAUCAACCAACGGUUACUAUUAAUGCAUUAUACGAUGCUACUCAAUAAUUGGACCCUUGUGUAAACUUUCCUUUCUGAGUACGUAGUAUAAAUUUUGCGUCGUUUUUGGAUGGAAUUGGUUUGGUAGUUGGGCAC